AUGCCAGAUCCUCGACUUUGGUCACCACAGGAGCCGCUUAUACUUACACCGGAACGCAACUACACCGCCCAUGAAUACAAAGAAUUCUUCGAUGAUAUUAAUUUUGUUGAUGCCAUCUUAUCACGUAUUCCAUCACAUACAUAUCGAGCGCCUUAUGAAUUUGUAUAUUACAGCCAAUGUAAAUCAAUCCACUUUCUGCUUUCUGACAUCAGCGUGCCGUCCAAGUUGAAUGUUUACAUGUGGAGAAUCGACAUGCACUUGCCAUUUAUUAAUGAUUACUAUGCCAUGGAAUCAUCAGCACUAGAUUUAGAAGUGCUGUAA